ACACACGUCCAACUUUUCGUAAGUUCAGAGGAAGGGCUAGGUAGCUAAAACAAGCGUUGAACUAUUCAAUGACCUCGUUAGACAUAAAUAAAAUAAAUACUUGACCCAACGUAUCACUGAUGAGCUGGCAACUAGCAAUGCUAGCCACACAAGGUAAAUUGACAUCCGCGUGUCAACAACAAAGAGUGAAGCAUGCUUACUGCUUUCAGAUCUAGAACUCCAUCCUUGGCCUCUUGUAGCAAAGUUACAAAUUUUGUUGUAAGCAAUCCUAGACUCUUCUCGUGUCGACUUGGGGUUUGAGGUUGAAGCGAAUCUCCCAUAGCUCCAAGUUCGGUUCUUCCCGACUCCAGUUCCAUCUGAUUACGAAGUCUUGUUCAGAUCCGUAGCUAGCUGCCUCCCCGAUUAGUCCCGAACUCACUUGCUAGCCAAUGCCAACGUUAGCUAGCUUCAGCAGGUAGCCUCUAUCACACGCCGUGCUUUGUUUGACUAUAUAAAGUGCUUUGCACGGUAAUAGUAGGAGAAUACAAUGUGGUCCAGACUCUUGACCUGUUAAUCCAGAACAGGCCUACAAAAUAUUUAAUGCGCAUAAAGUCAGAAGCCGUUGCACACGCGAGGUAUGCUGGGAUGGUUUGGUUUAAUUGGUUAGUGAAACUGAAGCUAAGGGGCCGUCUGCAAAAUAUGAGCUACUUAGAAAAACUACACUGUAAAAUGUAAUCGAUGUACUUGACAAGAAAGUAAACUGUUUCUAUUAAAACAUUUAGCAAUAUUUAAUAUUGCCUGAUCACAUCUGAUAAAUGAGACCAUAAUUAUACGCCUUUAUGCGCAAAUAUUGAUGCAUUGUACAACGGGCGGGUACGUAUUCCAGCCGGUGUCUAUUCCACUCUGUUCCAUCAAACUGCACAACCCACUGUCUAAUCACAUCAGCCCAGACAGACAAUUUAUAAACUUGAUCUCCACAGUAAAAUGCACGCGGUUAAUUAGGCUAAUAAAUUAUGAUUAACUUCACAGGGUGAUGAAAGUGCACGGUGAUCUUGAUGCUCAUUUCCAAUUAAUAUAGCCGUUUGACAAAGAAAAAUAUUAUGGCUUUUAUCCAUAAUAAUCUCAUAAUGUAGACUAGCCUACCAGCAGUUUACUUGUACUGUAUCUGCAAACUGUUGGCUAGAGCGCACGUGCCAAGACCAGAGUGGACACAUUUGCUAUUCAACACAACCGUUUUUGUGACACAAAUAUCGGUAGAGUUGAAAAUACCAUGGAAACAGGUUGAACUUUAGAUUUGUAUUCGGUACACGAACAUUGAAGCGAAAAAGUAAAUGUUGUGUUUAUUACUGCAUCACGCACUGAUUUUUUUACUGGUGGGAAAGCGUGUAUAUUUUAGAAUAUUCGCAUUGAAACCUAGCUAGUGACAAGGACAAGUGUGAUAAUUAGAGUCGUCUAUACAACACAACUCGUUUUUAGUGAAAAUAUUUGUUUAAACUUUGGACGACUACGCGCAUCCGUGUACGCGCAUGUCUAUAGCUUUGGAGAAGAGUAGAGCAGAGUGCAGUCACUGCUGUGGUUGGAACUGAACAACAAGUAUGUUGGGCUCGUUCGUUCUGCUGUGGAUAUGCAUCUGCCUCCUCUUCUUCUUCUUGAAGGUUAAUAGACCCCCAAACUUUCCUCCUGGUCCACAACCCAUUCCAAUAUUUGGGAAUCUGCUGCAUCUGAGCUUGGGGAAUCCUAUGAAAGACCUGGAGAAGUUGGCGAAGCGCUAUGGGAAUGUUUUCAGUCUUUAUAUUGGUGGAAGGCCAGCUGUGAUUCUCAAUGGGCUUGAAUCUAUGAAGGAGGCCCUGGUUACCAGGGCUGCAGAUUUUGCAGGAAGACCCCAAGACCUUAUGAUCAACCAUGUCACAGAAGGAAAGGGUGUCAUUCUUGUGGACUAUGGCUCCAGCUGGAAAGAGCAUCGUCGCUUCGCCCUAAUGACCCUGAAAAACUUUGGUCUGGGGAAGCAGUCCAUGGAGGAGAGGAUUCUGGGGGAGAUAUCACACCUCAUUGCACCCUUGGCGAAAAACGUUGGAAAAUCCAUGAACCCACAGGUUCUCUUCCACAAUGCUGCAUCCAAUAUCAUCUGCCUUGUCCUCUUUGGGUCGCGUUAUGAUUAUAACGAUGAGUUUCUUAAGACCUUCGUGAGGCUCUACACUGAGAACGCAAAGAUCGCCAAUGGACCCUGGGCUAUGCUUUACGACACAUUGCCCAUGCUCCGACACCUUCCCUUGCCAUUCCAGAAGGCCUUUCAAAAUGCAAUUUGUUGCAGACAGAUGUCUCUUGGACUCGUCACUCAGCAUAAGGAAACCAGGAUUCCUGGGGCGCCAAGGGACUUCAUUGACUCCUACCUGGAUGAACUAGACAAAAGAGGAGAUGAUGGAUCUUCUUUUUCAGAGGCCCAACUCAUAAUGUACGUCCUGGACUUGCACUUUGCUGGAACAGACACCACCUCCAACACACUGCUCACUGCUUUCCUCUACCUCAUGACCCAUCCAGAGAUUCAGGAGAGGUGUCAGCAGGAAAUUGACACGGUACUGGAGGGGAAAGAACACGCAUCUUUUGAGGACAGGCACAGGAUGCCUUACACUCAGGCAGUGACCCACGAGAGUCAGCGCAUCGCCAGUACUGUCCCCCUCAGUGUGUUUCAUAGCACCACCAGAGACACUGAGGUGAUGGGCUACAGUAUCCCAAAGGGCACUUUGAUCAUUCCAAACCUUACCUCUGUGCUGUCUGAAGAGGGUCAGUGGAAGUUCCCCCAUGAGUUCAACCCCUUGAACUUCCUGAACGAGCUGGGCGAGUUUGAGAAGCCCGAGGCCUUUAUGCCGUUCUCUGCAGGGCCCCGAAUGUGUCUUGGAGAAGGACUCGCUCGCAUGGAGCUCUUCCUGAUCAUGGUCACUCUGCUGCGACGCUUCAAGUUUGUCUGGCCUGAGGAUGCGGGGGAACCUGACUACACCCCUGUGUUUGGUGUAACCCUGUCCCCCAAACCCUACAGACUGGGUGUUAGACUGAGAGGGAACUAGUUAGGAGGAAGCUAUUCUAGACAGAGAUCAAAUAGAAUUGGUAUAAUAUGUAAUAUUAUAAUUAUUCUACUUAAUUCAACUAUCUAUAUGUAUUUGUGCUUAACACAUUUUUGUUUUUCAUUUGUCACAUUUUGCUUAUUUGAAUAUGUAAUAAAGGACUCAUUACACACACCA